UGCGUGAGUCAUGACUCUACCAAUACAUAUUCCCUAAAAGAUAUGUGUUGCAUUUGAGUCACCAACCUAACAUCAUAGAUGCCCAUGGCCCAUUUUUUAGCACCAUCAUCAGCUUCUCUGGCACCCGUCUCUGCAAGAUCUGAGAAGCAUGCCUCAUGGCAAAUUCCAGGGUUUGAAGGACAAUGGAGUAGUCACCGGGGUUCUGAUCAAGCCCGAGAUAACAAAUCAGCCGUCCGAUUGAUCGAUAGGAGGGCCCUUGUUAGCGGGUUGACGGGCGGCAUUGUAGGAUCCCUGGUAGUAGGCAAGAGUGCAUGUGCAGCUGCUCGGAGGCCUCCAACGCCUCCCCCAAUGGAGAAGAAGGACCUGAAUGUGAGUGGUGUACAGGCCAAAAUUCUGGCAAGCAAGAGAAGGAAAGAGGCAAUGGAACAGACCAUGGAAAAGCUAAGGGCGAAAGGAAAGCCCAUAAGCCCACCAGCCCAAUAGCUUGAACUACAUUACUUAAGAAGGUCUUAUUAAUGCCCUUGAAUCACCUUCAAUUAUCCUUACAUGUAUGAAUAUAUUUUAUUUUAUUUAUAAUUCAAUAUCAUUUAUCA